AUGAAUUAAUAGUUGGGAUCUUAUGUUAAAUUCUUUCAUAUCAUCAGAGAAUUAGAAGAGAUGAAUCAAAUAGAUAGUAAACAAAAACAAAUACUAAAAGUCAAUUUUACAACUAAAGAUAAAAAAUUGAUGAAUAUACUCAACGACCUAAGUAACAACAACAAUCAGAUUUUAUUUAGAUGAUGAAGAUGAAGAGGAAAUCAAAUAUAGUCUCUUGAACUAUCUAAAUGAAUCACCAAUAGAGAAACAAGAAAUAUAGAGAUAAAUGAAGCGAACUAGAUCUAGUAUUACUGAUGUCGAUCUUAUUAAGGGUAUAAAUUAUGAUGAAUUCAAAUUCACAGACACAGUUGCAGAAAUGGAAAAAGCUUUAAAGUUAAUCACUCAUUUUAAUUCUAAAUUAAAGGAUGGAUAAACUAUAGAUCCCAAAGUCAAUGAAAUUUUCGAAAAUAUUCGUACUCUUUUCAUUUAAAAUUCACCUCAAAAUAAUUACUCUCCUAAUCUUAUAGGAAGAGGUCAAUCACUCAAUUUAGAUAUUAAUUAUCAAAUGGAAGGUGAACUUAGUGAAGCAUAUAAAGAAGUUAAAUGCUAAUUUGCAAAUUAUAUGAAAAGUCAUUUAUUACUUAUGGAUGAAACUGUUUCAUAUAAUACUAUUUUUAGUUUACUGAAAGAAUUAAGUAAGAAUCUAUUGAAUUGUGACAAUUUUAGUUAUUUUAUCAUUAAUCCUAAUAAUGAUAUGGAACUUUAUCAAUCUAAAACUGAUAAUAUUGAAUAAAUACCUAUGGAUUAAUCUAUUUAAGAUGAAUUAGAAACAAUACCUGAAAACAAAAUAUUUAGGUUUUCUUAGAAUUCAUCUUUUUGUUCAAAAUUAAUGUCUAUAAAUUAUCUGUCCUCUUAUGGUUUAUAUGCAAAUAAUAUUGUGUUCAUCUAUCAUUCAAAAUAAGAUAAACAACUUGAAUCUUAAGAUAUAUUAUAGUAUCUCACUUUUAUAACUUUAGAAUUGCAAAUGAAUACUAAUUAAUUGAUGAAAUCAAGAAUCUAUCCAUGUUUCUAUUACAAACAAUUUAAAAUGCCAAAGUUUAAUUCUUUAGUCCAUUAUCAAUUGCUGACAUGAUUCUAGAUCUUGGAAUCUCAUUUGUUAGAGCUUCUAAAUUUGUUCUUAUUGAAAAAAUGUAUAAUAUUGUCAGCUAAGCAUAUAAAAUUGAUAAGUAAUCAUAAUUUAAUGAUAGAUUAUAAACAGAUUAAUAAGAAAUUUAAGUUUGGGAUACUGAGAGUGUUUAUAUAGUAUUUAAAGAUUAAACUGUAACAGUAUGUUUUAGAAUCUAUUAAAUGAAUCUUAUAAGAUAAAGUGAUUAAAGAUUAUAUUCUGAAAUUAAACAUUUCUAUGAGAAAUAUCUUAGAUUCAUAAGAGAAUGUUUUGAUAAAAGUGCUUUUUAUAAAUUCUUUCUAAGAUCAAAUGAUUCACUCAUUUUUGAAUUUGAUAAAAGUGGUCAUUUACUAUUCCUUUCUAGACCUAUACCAAAAUAAAUUAAAUCAAAUUUCAAUAUUCAAUUUAAUUCACUUUUAAUUCAUUCCAAUUAAUUGUCAUAUAAUAAAAUAUUUGAUUAAAAUGUUGUAUCCAAUAUUGAAAAUUAUUUAUAAGAUCAUAAAUGGCAAAUGAUGAAGGAUAAUGAUAAAUAAUAUGAAAUUUUCUUAAAAAUAGAAGAGAAGACUUAUAAAGGAUUUGCUGUGAUUUUUACUGAGAAUAUUAAAGGAUGGGUUAAAGAAUAAUUUAAAUAAUUAGAAUCUGGUAAUCAAUUAGAUUCCAAAAUUAAAGCCAAAAUUAGAAAAUAACUUAUUUAACAUGAAACUAUCAAUUUUGUUAACAAAUUAGAAGAAAACAAUCCAGAAGUCAAAGAUUCAGUUGCAUCUUUGUAUAUGCCUCUAUAACAAUUAAUUUUAAAACGUUCUAAAUCUAUAAGAGAUAUCUAGAAUAUCCAAAAUGAACCAAAAAUGAGAAGAACAGAAGCUCCAUAAAGAUCCAAAUUUCUUACAAUAUAAGCAUUGGAUCUUAAUGAAUUUUCUUUAAAUAUUUAAGAUGAUUUAAUUGAUACAUUUGACUUUAAUAUUAUGGAUUUAACUUCACAAAUAUAAAAACAUAGAGUUGUUUGGGCAAUAUUAAAAAAGAAUGGUCAUUUAGAUGAUUAUUCAAUACCCUAUGAGAAUUUACAGAGCUUUAUUAAAGAAAUGGAAUACAAUUAUAAUGUCAAUAAUAAUCCAUAUCACAAUUAUGAUCAUGGUAUUACAGUAAUGUAAACUGCUUACUAUUUCUGUUUGGAAUUAGCUUUUACAUCUAAAGCCACCAUUAUAGAUAAUUUUAAUAGAUUCGUAUUAAUGAUAAGUAGUUUUGGUCAUGAUGUUGGACAUACUGGGAAAACAAAUGUUUUUGAAAUAAAUAGUUUGAGUGAUCUAGCUAUUAGAUAUCAUGAUAAAAGUGUACUUGAAUAACAUCAUGCAGCAUUGACUAUUUAAGUUUUAAAGAAUCCACAAAGCAAUAUUCUUGUAAAUCUCAAUCAAUAAGAAUUUAGAAAUUUCAGAAAAGGGCUUAUUGCAAAUAUUUUAAGUACAGAUAUGUCUGAACAUUUUACUUUAUUAAAAGAUUUUGAAAAUAGACCUAAAGAUUUUAAUGAUUGUAAAAUAUUAAGUGGAUAUAUUAUGCAUACAAGUGAUUUUGGAGGAGCAGGAAAAAAAACUAAUUUAUCUAUUUAAUGGUCUUCAAGAGUGAAUCAAGAAUUUAGUAUCUAAUACAAGUUAGAAGGUGAAUUAGGAUUUCCUUAAUAACCUUACAUGAAGGAUUUACAUAUUGUAAUAUCAUUUCUUAUAUUUAUAGCCACAUAUUAUGGCUAAAUCAGAAAUAGGUUUCCUUAAAGUCAUCGUUAGACCUUGUUAUGCUCUAUUAAAUGAAUUUUUGGAGGAUAAACUUAAACAUUGUAUUGCCAAUAUUGAUGAUACAAUAUAGCAUUGGGAGAAAAUUGUAAAAAAAGGUGAAGAAUAACAAUAAUGA